AUGAAUUCUGGAAUGCCUUUUGAUUUGAAUGAGCCAGCAGAUGAAGACACAGAAGGGCAAACACAUGAACCAGUUGAUCUACAUCAUCACAAAACAAGGGCAAAGCUCAGCUGUGACUCAAGGAUGCAAGUAGUCAUGUGGCUGUUGAACAACCAGACAGAGGGGAAGCUUAACCAUGGUGCAAUUCAAGAAGUGGCCAAUCUCUUCAAUGUAACCAGGAGAACAAUCAGCACAAUAUGGAGCACUGCAAAAAUGCAGAAGGCAGCAGGUCAGCCAUACAACAUGACAACAAAGGGUCACAACUCAGGGAGAAAAAGAAUACAAGUGCAACCUAAUGCAAUAACUGAGAUAAAUAUGGGGGACAGAGCAUGCAUAAGAGACUUGGCAGUGCAGCUUAAAGUCUCUUCAAGUACAGCAAACCGAAUGAUAAAGAGGGGACUUAUUAAACCUCAUACAAAUCCAUUACAUCCUGCUUUGAAAGAGGCAAACCUUUUUCAAAGGGUUGAAUGGGUUCUAAAUUUGUUGAUGGGAGACACACCAACAACAAAGAGGCAGUAUUAUCCCAUGUACAACUUUGUACAUAUUGAUGAAAAAUGGUUUUAUCUAAGCAAAAAAUCACAGAGGGUUUACCUGGAAAGAAAUGAAAAGGGCAAGUACAGGGCAGCCAAGUCAAGCAAGUUUAUACCCAAAGUAAUGUUCACAGCAGCUGUAGCAAGACCAAGAUUUAAUGCAGAUAAAGAGUGUACCUUUGAUGGGAAGAUAGGUAUCUUCCCAUUCACUUACCAAGAGCCAGCAAAGAGAGCUUCCAAAUACAGAGCAAAGGGGACAGUUAUGACCAAGAUAGUUGAAUCUGUUGGUAAAAAGGAAACAAGGCACAUGUUGAUCAAUGAAAUCAUACCAGCAAUCAUGCAGAAAUGGCCACAAACAGAAGGUCAAGAUGACCUAGAGUGGCAAGCAGCUCAUCAACAAGGUGACUUCACAUUCAUUCUAGUGCAACAGCCACCAAACAGUCCAGAUUUGAAUAUCUUGGACUUGGGUUUUUUUAGAAGCAUACAGUCUCUAAUGCACAAAAAAAUGCCAAAGGAUGUUGAUGAUAUGUUGGAGGCAGUGCAUCAUGCAUAUAAUGAAUUAGAGCCAACAACAUUGGGAAAUGUUUGGUUAUCCUAUCAAUAUGUCAUGAAUGAAGUGCUAAAAGUGAAAGGUUCGAAUGAUUACCUUGUGCCUCAUGUCAAUAAGAAAAAAUUGGCAGCUGAGGGGAAGCUACCAAUUCAAGUCACUGCACCAAUGUGGGCUGUCCACGAGGCAUGGAAUUACAUACAGGGGAAUAGAGCAUCAUCUUCAACAGCUUAA